CACGUUCCUGUAUGAAUACCAAAAAGAGAAAAGCACAAUAUCUGAUGCCAUUGCACUGAUUUAUAUCGGUCACAAACACGGCUACAUUUUCUCCCUUCCUCGUUCGACGUCACGCUCAUUCAACUCCUCCCCUUCAUCCUCGCUGACACCGACUCAAUCUUGAACAGUGUACUCUCAGUAUACUCCUAACAAUAAAGAAAUUUCCUGCCUCCUGAUAUUCACCUCAUCGCUCCAUCCCCUCCAGAAUAAUGCGUGAGUGCAUCUCCAUCCACGUUGGUCAAGCUGGAGUCCAGAUUGGCAAUGCCUGCUGGGAACUCUAUUGUCUUGAACAUGGCAUCCAGCCGGACGGGCAGAUGCCCAGUGACAAGACCAUUGGAGGAGGUGAUGAUUCCUUCAACACCUUCUUCAGUGAGACAGGAGCUGGAAAGCACGUCCCCAGGGCUGUGUUUGUAGACCUGGAGCCCACUGUCAUUGAUGAGGUGCGCACUGGGACAUACCGUCAGCUGUUCCACCCUGAGCAGCUCAUCACAGGAAAGGAAGAUGCUGCCAAUAACUACGCUCGUGGACACUACACUAUUGGAAAAGAAAUCAUUGACCUGGUGCUGGACAGGAUUCGCAAACUGGUAUGUAGUUGUAAAUCAACAAACAAACAUAAAAUGAAUGAUAUAUUAUGUUUGGUUACUGACCAAACGGUUUCUUUUCAGGCUGACCAGUGCACAGGCCUCCAGGGUUUCCUGGUGUUCCACAGCUUUGGUGGUGGAACCGGUUCUGGCUUCACCUCUCUGUUGAUGGAGCGUCUGUCUGUGGACUAUGGCAAGAAGUCCAAGCUGGAGUUCUCCAUCUACCCUGCUCCUCAGGUCUCCACCGCUGUGGUAGAGCCUUACAACUCCAUCCUGACCACCCACACCACCCUAGAGCACUCUGACUGUGCCUUCAUGGUAGACAAUGAGGCCAUUUAUGAUAUCUGCCGUAGGAACCUCGACAUUGAGCGUCCUACUUACACCAACCUCAACAGGCUGAUCAGCCAGAUUGUGUCCUCCAUCACAGCCUCCCUCAGGUUUGAUGGAGCCCUCAAUGUCGAUCUCACUGAGUUCCAGACCAACUUGGUGCCCUAUCCUCGUAUCCACUUCCCACUGGCUACCUAUGCCCCAGUGAUCUCUGCAGAGAAGGCUUACCAUGAGCAACUCUCUGUGGCCGAGAUCACUAAUGCUUGCUUCGAGCCAGCCAAUCAGAUGGUGAAAUGCGACCCACGUCACGGCAAGUACAUGGCUUGCUGCCUGCUGUACCGUGGUGAUGUUGUACCCAAAGAUGUGAACGCUGCAAUCGCCACCAUCAAGACCAAGCGCACCAUCCAGUUUGUGGACUGGUGUCCCACUGGUUUCAAGGUUGGCAUCAACUACCAGCCUCCCACUGUGGUUCCAGGUGGUGAUCUGGCUAAAGUGCAGAGGGCCGUGUGCAUGCUGAGCAACACCACAGCUAUUGCUGAGGCCUGGGCUCGUCUCGAUCAUAAGUUCGAUCUGAUGUACGCCAAGCGUGCCUUUGUGCACUGGUAUGUGGGUGAGGGUAUGGAGGAGGGCGAGUUCUCAGAAGCCAGAGAGGACAUGGCUGCCCUGGAGAAAGAUUACGAGGAAGUCGGUGUCGACUCCAUCGAGGGUGAAGGAGAGGAAGAGGGCGAGGAAUAUUAAAUUGUUCACGAAUGUCUAAAAUUGAAAACAGUAGACCGUUAAUUUACAAACGAUAUACAUGAGGUAUCAAGUGUAAAGUCUACUCCUAAAUGUUAGGGACACAUUCUUGAUCAGUUGAUGUAUUGUUAUGGCCAGUAUGACUUUUAUUUGUGGAAUUUGCUUGCCAAAUUUUGAUUGAAUAAAUUGAUGGUGAUGUUCAAAA